AUGCUUCCUUCGCACCACAAACCAGGAAAGGGUCGGCAGGCUGCGGUAGCCUUCACUACCUCCGUUGUAGGCGGCAGCCUACAACAGCGUCCACUGCCACCACCCCCCGUAGCCGAGAAGGAACAAGCGGUGGUGGCUGAAAAACCUGUGCCCCAUCUUGCGUUGCCUGCCCCGGAACCAAAAAAGCCGAGCUCCGCCAAAACCUGGGUGAGCAAGGAGGCUGCCCAGGCGACCAAGGCAGAAGCUGUGCAUGCGGCUAAACAGGAUCAGGCCCAGGGCACCACGCGUACGACGCAGUCUUCAAAUGGCCGCUCCACGACGCACGCCACGGGGGAGGUGAAGACGCCUGUUGUUUCCAGCCUUCCCGCAUCGCUCGUCGAAGCCGGCAAGAUCAAGCUCUCGGAACCUACCUUCACUUGGACGCGUUCAAUCGGGACGCGCAAGUCGUACUAUUUCCCGGACCCACCACUGCCGAAGGAGGUGCACUUCGCCAUGGCUCUGCUCGUGCUGGCCAUCUUGAGCGUGGCCCUACUCCUCGCCUACGAUGUGUACCACUCCUUCGAACACAUGCCUCGUAGAUCGAACGUUACGGCCAGCAGUCUUUCGCCGACGACCACUGAACCGAUACCGACGCCAGUAUUCAUGCGAUAGCCUCUCGAGACGCCUUCCAUGUGAAGCUACCACUCGCAAAAAGAAAACUACGUUUCUGCUCGUCUCACUUAACAUAGCACCGUUA